AUGGACUGGAAUGAUGCAGCGUAUGCAGCACAAAUUCAGCGCCAAGAAGAAGAGCGGCAUAAUCUGAUAGUCGCAGACUCCCAGCUUGCUCAUGCCCUGCAGGACUGGGAAAUCUCUACCGCCGGAGCCAACACCUUGCCGAAUGCCCAAGCAAGACAUCAUCAAGAAACACAUCAGGCAUCGGCGAAUAUUACGAAUGGCGCCAGGCAAUCUACCCCUCAUAAUCCCUCUACAAAUUUGCCUCCACGGCGAGGCCGUGGCCGAGGCCGCGCCCGGAAUAAUAGAUCCCGCAGAUCUGGCCCACAAGUAUCUCAAUCUCCGGCAAACGCCAGGCCAGCAGCGACGUUGAAUAACCUUCCUGAUAUUCCUCUGCCAGCGAAUGGUGGCCUGGCGGCUUCAAGGUGGGCUGAGCCUAACCAGACCCAGGGAACACCCACGCCAGCCAUAUCUUCAACAAACCGAUCUAGGGCUUCAACGAAUGGUGGUUUGGGGGCUUCAAGGUGGUCUGAACGUACCCAGACCCGGGAACCACCCACGCCGGCCAGAUCUUCAACAAACCGAGCCAGAGCUUCAGCAAACCAGGCUCGGGGUUCGAUUAACCAGACUCGGGGUUCAACUAAUCAGGCUCAGGCUUCAAACAACAGACCAUCACACUCAUCUUCUAUCCGGUACAACCUACCAGGCUCGUACCCCGUCGAACAGAACUUUGUCAGCGCGGCGGCCGUUCCUCCAAGGGCUGUCACUCCUCCAAGGGCCGUUACACAUGAAUGCAACAUGUGUCUGGACGAUGUAGAGCAGCAUAACAUUGCAAACCUGAGCUGCGAGCAUAAUUGCUGCCGUGACUGCUUGGUCACUAUUUUUCAAAAUGCAACAAGGGACGAAACCCUCUUCCCGCCGAGAUGCUGCGCUCCUAUACUCCUCGAAUACAUCAGCCACUUGCUGCCGGGUGCAUUAGUCUUCCAGUUCAUCGAAAAGAGCAAGGAGUGGGAAACGCAAAACAGGACUUACUGCUCGAAUAGCACAUGCGAGGCCUUUAUUAGGCCGGAGACUACACUCGAGAACUUUGCCAACUGUUUACGCUGCGAGACGCUGACAUGUACCCAGUGCAAACAACCCGCACACUACGACGAUUGCCCCCCGGACAGAGCGCUCCAGGCAACGAUGCAAUUUCUUGAGCAAAGCAAUAACAUCCAGCGCUGCUACUCUUGCAAUACUGGCGUGGAACGCGAUGGUGGAUCUGCAAUUGCAAAGCGCAGUUCUGCUAUCUUUGCGGGCUGCCGUGGCACCAAUGUAACCAUGGUAUUUUCGAACCCGGUCCACCAGUAA